GUGAACUGUGAUUUAUAGGAAGUUCUUGAUUUCUAUUACUUACUGAUAUUUCGCAAUUAAUUAUUUGGUAGUCUUCAAUCUAUUUGUAAAUACAUUAAAUAAUCUGCAAAAUGAAUAGAUUAUUUGGUAGGGGCAAACCGAAAACUCCUGGGCCCAGCAUUACGGAAUGCAUAAGUAAUGUUGAUGGUCGGGCAGAUAAUAUAGAGCAGAAAGUGCAGAAACUAGACACAGAACUUAGAAAAUAUAAAGAUCAAAUGUCCAAAAUGAGGGAGGGUCCUGCUAAAAAUUCCGUUAAACAAAAGGCAAUGAGGGUACUAAAACAGAAAAAAAUGUAUGAACAACAACUUGAGAAUUUACGUGCACAAUCCUUCAAUAUGGAGCAGGCAAAUUAUGCAACACAGACUUUGAAGGACACCCAUUCUACUAUUGCUGCAAUGAAAGAUGGUGUUACUUCUAUGAAAAAGGAGUUUAAGAAAAUUAAUAUUGAUGAUAUUGAGGAUGUAAAUGAUGAUUUAGCAGACAUGUUGGAACAAGCUGACGAAGUUCAAGAGGCCAUGGGUCGCCAGUACGGCAUGCCAGAGAUUGAUGACGAUGAACUGGCCGCUGAACUUGAUGCUUUAGGAGACGAGAUAGCCCUCGAUGGUGACACUUCAUAUCUUGAUGACGUCAUAAAAGCCCCAGCCGCGCCUGACAAAGAGCCCGGAGCUGACAGCGUGAGGAACAAAGAUGGCGUACCCGUAGACGAGUUCGGAUUACCCCAAGUGCCCAACAGCGCGCAAACUUCACGUUAAUAUAUACGUAUUUUCUUAGCGUCCCAACAAAGCUUGGUUUCCGUUGAUAUCGAGAAUUUAAAAGGUAAAUUUUUCUUUUAAUAUUUUUAGUUCUAUAGUUACUUUUAUGUCAUUUGCAUAUUAUAAUUGCAAAAUGGGCUAAAACGACUCUCUGUGAAAACAGCAUCAGUGUUUUAUGUAUAAAGAAGCUGUAGAAUAAUAUCUUAUAUAAACUCGGGAAAAGUGGGAAUAUUUUACAAUUUUUUUCACAUAUCGUUGACAUUUUAGCAUCAUCUGUUUACAGUCAUUCACCAAGAUAACUCAAAUUUAUUUAUUUCCCAGUGGAUUUAUAACACUGUUUUACAUUUUUGGGAGAUAUAACAUUCAGGGAAAAAAGUCAUGUUUUUCGUAUAUUAUAUUGUAAAACGUAUAAAAGCUUUAAACGGUUAUACUAUUGAUUGCAAAAAUUGCCAGAGUGUUAUUAAAGCGUUAUAUCAAAAAUAUUUUAUGCGAAAGCGUUGUUUCUAUAGUGAUAUGCCUAUUCUAAAUUUGUAAAUUUUAAAUAAACUCUAAUAUAAUUGCUCAGACAGUCAUCAAAAGGUCAAGAUAUCGCUUUAAUAGCCUAUCUGUUGUAUGUAAAACUAUAGUAAACUGUACCUAUAAAAUUUCUUCAAAACAGUGACUUUAAACAAAUGUUGCUUUGUACUUGUAAAUUAGUUAUGGCCUUAAGAAUUUCGCAAUCAUAGACGGAUAUUUCAGUAUGUAUAGAUGUAUUAUGUAUAAGAAAAAAAUUGCACGUAUGGAAAAGCAUUAACCUCCUAAGUUCAUCGAAAACUUAAUUAUAAAGGUCUAGCCAAGCGCAAUUCUAGUUUUCAAUAAGAGUAAUAAGAAUAUUUUUUUGGUUUUCUAUUUUAUGCAAUAAAAGUUUAACUGUUAAAAUUUAAAGCAGUCAUUACAUUGAAAUUAAUUAGUAAUAUAUACAACGUGUAAAUGAAAUCCUAAACAAUACUUCACAGGCUUUGUAGGUACAUGAUGUACUGUCUGUGAGACUUAUCUGUGAAACCAAAAACCGAAAUAGUUUUUGAAUAAAAAAAUUCCAUAGA